AUGCAGUGGUUUCCGGCGUUAAGAGCGGCGGCGAUUACGAAAUCGGAAGACGCGAAAGCAAAAGGUAUGGAAGAAGUAGAAGAAGGGUUAUUGCGACUUGAGGAAGCGUUUGUUGCUCUAAGCAAAGGGAAACCGUUUUUCGGCGGUGAAGAUAUUGGGUUAAUGGACAUUUGUUUCGGAAGCUUUUUGGUUCUCUUGAAAGCUAGAGAGAAGCUUAAAGGAGAAAAGCUUUUGGACGAAUCAAAAACUCCAUCACUUUGUAAAUGGGCUGACGAGUACUUGUCUGAUGAUACGGUGAAGAAUGUGGUACCAAAUGUUGAUAAAAUCGCUGAGUUUAUAGGAGAGCUUGAGGUUAAAGGUCAAUCUUAGGCAGCUUCGAGAUCUUGAGAUCAUCUAAGAAUUUUAUUUGCAAUGCAAAUAUGUCGAAUGUAAGUAUGAAAAUAAGCUGAAGGUUGAAGGGUUGUCUGAUACUUCGUAAGUGUAUGCUAUGAUUAUAUAAUGAUUCAGUGUAUUGACUACUUCCUUUUAUUAUAAUUCGAUGAUGUUACAAUAUAAA